AUGAGCCGCCGUGACCGGGACCCCGGGGUGCAGCCAGGGCGGCUGGCGGCGGCGGCGGCGGCUCGGGGCGCGGAGCGGGAGGAACUGGCGGCACUGAACGAUCGUUUUGCCGCUUUCCUGGAGAGGGUGCGGGCGCUGGAACGGCAGAACGGGACCCUCCGCGCCGCCCUGGGCCGCGCCACCGCCGCCACUGGGCCCCGCACCGGGCUGGUGCAGGGGGAGCUGCGGGGGCUGCGGGAGAGGCUGCAGCGCCUCGGCCGCGACCGGGACCGGCUCCAGGCGGAGCGGGACGGGCUCGCCACCGACCUGGCGGCCCUACGGCAGCGGCUGGAGGACGAGACACAGAAGCGUGAGGAUGCCGAGAAGAGUCUGGUGCUGUUCCGCAAGGACGUGGACCACGCCACGCUGUCUCGCCUGGAGCUGGAGCGCAAGGUCGAGCUGCUGAUGGACGAGAUCGGCUUCCUCAAGAAGCUGCACGAGGAGGAGCUGCGGGACCUGGAGGGGAGUGCCCCGAGCCCGGCGGGGCUGCCGGAGGUGCAGGUCUGCAAGCCGGAGCUGACGGCUGCGCUGCGGGAAAUCCGCACCCAGUACGAGAGCAUCGCUGUCAAGAACCUGCAGGAAGCCGAGGAAUGGUACAAGUCAAAGUUUGCCGACCUCUCGGAUGCAGCAAACCGUAACCACGAGGCGCUGCGGCUGGCCAAGCAGGAGAUGAACGAGUCCCGGCGGCAGAUCCAGAGCCUGACCUGCGAGGUGGACGGGCUGAAGGGCGUGAACGAGGCGCUGCAGCGGCAGAUGCGGGAGAUGGAGGAUGAGUUCGGGGACGAGAUCGGGAACUACCAGGACGUGGUGGGGAGGCUGGAGCAGGAGAUCCAGCAGAUGAAGGAGGAGAUGGCACGGCACCUGCGAGAGUACCAGGACCUGCUCAACGUCAAGAUGGCCCUGGACAUCGAGAUUGCCACAUACCGCAAGCUGCUGGAGGGCGAGGAGAGCCGGAUCACCAUUCCACUGCACCCCACCACCUCCUUCAGCACGAGAAGCUCAGUGCUGGAGCCCCAAGCUGCCGAGAGCCCAGCACGGAGGAUGGUGCUCAUCAAAACCAUCGAGACACGGGACGGGCAGCAAGUGGUGACGGAGUCGCACAAGGAGCGAGCGGGGAAGUGACAGAGAGGAGCCGCUGCGAUGGCCCCGAGCCCACGGGGAGGGUUUUGCCAGACCCUGCUGCGUCCUGGGCUGGGCACGGAGCAGAUCAGGGCGGCUGGGAAUGCCCCAAUUCCGAUUCCUGCUGUCAGCACCACGGGACAGCGCUGUGCCGUGUCCUUGUGCCUUUGCAGUCUGUCCCUGUGCCUUGUCCCCCCACUAUUUAUCGCUAUUUAUUGUUCUCCCAACCACCACCCCAGCUGUGUUUAAUAUCGAGUGUUCCCCGUGCUGCCCUGGGCCCGAGGGGGUCCCGGUCAGAGCUGGCACCGGCUGUCCCCGGGGCUGGCGGCUCCGGUGACAUCCAAGCGCUGUCCCUGCCGUGUCCCUGCCCCGGGGAGUGCGGCAGAAAGGGAACAGAGCCCGGCUGAGGGGGGAUCUGGGAUCCCGCUCUGUCCCAGGGCCCCUUUCCACAGCCACAACUCCCACUCUGGGGGUCUCACCUCCCCUCCCGUCACUGGAACCGGCACCGGCUGCCCCCGGGCUUGGCGGCUCCGGUGACACCCGAGCGCUGUCACCGCCUCGGAGGAACCGAACUCAACCCCCUGAAUUCUGAAUCCCCGCGGGUUCCGCUCCCUCCCGGGACCCCGAGACUUCCAGAGGAGCCACGGGCACUCCCGGUAUCCCGGGGGGCUCCUCAGAAUCUCCGUCCUGAGCCGGAUCGGUGCUCCCGGAGCCUCGCAGGAUCUCAAUCCUUACCGGGACCGCCAGAGAGCGCCAGCAGCCCGCCCCGACCGCUGCCGCGGGUUAAUUACCUGUUAAUUACUGCUUAAUUACAGCGUGACGAGGCUCUGGGUGUGCGGGGGAAACACCCUGAUUGCUAUGAUUGCAUUAUUUUAAAAUUUUUUUUUUUGCAUGCUUAAUCGCGUUACUUCAACCGAACUAUGCAAAAUCGCGUUAAUGCAAAAUCUGCUCGUUAGUUUUGCUAUUUUAAGCAAAUUUUUUUUGCAUUGUUUCAUCGUUUUCAGCGUUUU